AUGAUAGAAGAAAGAAAUAAUAAAAGGUAUACCAUGUACAUUGGUGGUAUUUUUUCAACUUUAAAAUUUGAUUUAGACGUCGUAGACAUCCCCUCAAGACAACCAUGCGUAACCAAUUUAGAUGUAUUCUUUCUGGUAUGUUCAAUUAUAAUGCACUUAAUUGACAUGGCAUUUGAUAUCAACAUCGCGGUAAGAUAUCUACUGGCGAAUAAAGUAAUAUAUUUUAUUUGGACCCUUGUCUUUCUACUUAUUCCAUCUUUUAUAAAUGUAAUUAUUAGUAGAAGAAUGCAACAUCAAGACGAAAAGACAGAGUCAGACUUGGCGCAAUUAGAAAAUCAUAAGUCUUGUACACAAGUGAUGAUUAAGAAGAAAAUAUAUUGCGUCUUGGCGGUGGCUUUCCAAUUAGCACCUGUGAUACGUUAUUAUGAUACUUUGAUUUAUGCUUUAAAGGCACGUAAAUGUGAGAAAGUAGGUGAUCGCAAUGGCCAAAGACGAUAUUAUCUUAAAAUGCUUAAGGAAGAUCAAGACGUUGCGCUCUUGAGAAUAUUUGAAUGCUUUCUAGAAGCAGCACCUCAGCAAGUUCUCCAAUUAACUAUUUUAUUGAAGCAUUAUAACAGAGAUAUAAAUCUUGAAUUUAUACAUCAAGUCUGUAGCAUUGUUAGUUCUUUAGUCAGUAUGGGUUGGGCCAUGGCAAGUUACAAUCGCACCAUUCGAUUGGCCCAACAUGAUAAGGAAAUAAUGAACAUUCGAGGUAGCAUAUGUCAAUUUUUCUGGCACUUCCUUGUUACAGUCUCAAGAAUAUUAAUUGUGAGCUUAAUUGCCAGUAUAUGGCCGUUAUACACUGGUAUCGCUUGUAUCUGUCAUUGGAUUGCCAUGACAAUUUGGAUUUUGAUCGAUUCACAUGGUAUAUUACAGUUUUGUCGUAAGAAUAAUCGUGCUCCUCAUAUGCCACCAACGAUAAUGGAACGAUUUUAUUCCGUGCUUCUUGCAUUGGUCAUAGGUCUACUCCAUAUAUUUGUAUAUUUAAAUGUUAUAGAUGGCAACACUCUUUUAAAACAUACCUUUUUUUACAGCCUAUGCUUUUUUGAAAAUAUUAUCGCUAAUCUUCUUUGGAUAUUCAAUUUUUCUAUAGAAGCAAAACAUUCUUGGUACUUUUUUCUAUACAUUGUUCCUUCCACGGUGCCUUUCUUGUUAGGUAUCACUGCCAUGAUUCUUUACUAUACACUUUAUCAUCCAGUUAGAAAGAGUCAACCACAAUCGAGCUUAAAUAAUGAAGAUUGAAUUUUAUGAUAAUGUGCAAGAGAUAAUACUUGGGUAGAUAAAUGUCGCAUUUAAUAUUAUCAUAUCUCAUUGGAUUUUAUAUUAUCAUAUCUCAUUUGUCGCGCGUGCGUCACACGUAACAUUCCCUAAUAAUUUAUUAAUUUUUAUAUGAAUUUUGUAAUAUUUAGACGUAUAAGAGAAGAAAAUGAGAUGUAUCGAUCGUCCGUAAUUUAUAGUAACACUAUCUUAAGUGAUUUAUAUACGCUAAAAGAUGUAAGAAUUAGAAUAAAUUGUGUAUGUAAACGGAA